AUGAUCAUCUGUGGACCUGUCCGGUCCAACAGGCAGUUUGAACCCUGCCUUGCAAUACUUAAGGGGGAGGGCUUUCCCUCUAGGAUUCUUCCCCCCAGAGAUUAUUGCCAUACAAACCUGUUAUCCUUACUUAAAUUAAGUCUUCUCUCCUCGCUUGCGACAUCACUGAUCAGAUCGGAUUACUACACGAGUGAUCAUUCUUCUCAACUCGCUUGUGUCCAUUCCAAGUUUGCUGCGAUCUGUUCAGAAUUGUCAACUCAUCACACCUUUCUCUGUGUUGCUACAGAAAUCGCGACGAUCGGGACUCCGUUCUUACCUAAGUUCAGUUUACAAACGCGCAUGUCGACUCCUUCCAAUAAGUCCGUUUCUACGACUGCUCAGCCUAAACAAGCUCCUACCACGGAACCAAUUUCGGCUUCUCAUCCAUCAAAGGCUCCUAAGAAACCUGCAGCUAGAGUCCACAAGAAAGCUAAAAAGCCGAUCAGUCCAGAAAUCGUACCGUCAGAGUGGGACACGAGUUCCGCAGAAGAAACUAAGUCAGACAAACCUAAAGCGAAGUCCUCGACGGCUCCGGAAUUAAAGAAGUCUUCGACGACUGCGGAUCCUUUCAAGAGCAAGAAACCGAUCGAUCAGCUCAUCGAUAAAGAAGUUCUGAAGAACAUUCACAUUCAGAAGUCGACUCACGCACUAAAAGCACCGGUUCCUCAACAGGCUCCUUCCGUUAUCAGUAAUCAACCGAACCUAGCCGCUGUUUCGACUGAGAACCGAUCUGUAGAUCCGGUUGUUUCCAAGACUGCCGUCGAGCACGAGGAAUCGAAAUCGACUAGACCUGAAAAGAACUUCUUUGCUCCGUCUUUUCCGAAGGUUUCGAGCGACUCUACAAUUCAGAAAAAGAUCGAGAACUACUUUGUUCCUCAAGGAAGAACAACUCGAUCUAUCUCGUCGGCAUCGUCGAUCCUUCCUAGCGCUUCGUUCACGACUGAACCAUACGAGCCGGCUGACAGUAGCGACUUAGACGUCAUUACCGGAGCCACCGCCCAGCUCUGGUCGAAGCCCAAGACUUCAAAGGCGCCCCUCGCGGACGACAUUCUGCGAAGGUAUCGCCCGUCGUUUCAUCCGCUUCUUCAAGCGGUGAAACUCCAGCAAGAAUAUUACCGCAGAGCGCUGGAGACGAACGACGAGGAUCAGAAGAUCGUGGCUCUGAGAGCCGCCUCGACGGCUCAAACCGACCUCCUCAGGGUUAUGAACCUGGAGGAAUUUCUUACUCUAUUCGAGAAAUGGAAUCCGGUAGCGGAGUACCAAGACUACCUGACGGGACAGACGGGCAAGGAUUACUGGAAGAAAGAGGGGAUCCCGACGACUCCCUCCCAAGCCCCAGAGGACGUGAUGAGACCACCGGAAGAGAACCAAGAACAACCGACGAUCAACUCGUCCGAUCAACCUCCGGCCGCGAUGAACCAUCCUCAGGGAGGGUACUACUACCCCCCGACGAAUCCGCAAGCCCAGCAGCCGUACUGGAAUCAACCGAGCUAUCCAGUGACAGCUCAGGGUUACCAGUACCAUCCUCCGGCAAAUUACCAUCAUCCGACGAGUGGCCAAGCUCACCCAGCGUCGGCGACAGGCGGACCGACCACUUUCCAGUCCAAUCAAAACAGAAACCGCAGAAGGAAUUCCAACCGCAGGCGCAACCAGAGUCACAGAGGUCCCGAUUGGCUUCCCAGACCUGGUCCCAACCGAGCCCCUCAGAACUCGAACGCAGGGAGCAGCAGAGAAGCGAGAAGACGAUCUCAUCAGCUCUCGAUCCAUCGAGAGAUGAUUCGUCUCAACAGGACCACCCAGGCCCAAUUCCAAGCCUUGGAAUCGAUGCGAGACCAGAACGCCGGGUGA